CUUCGGAUAUACCCAAAAGGGACAAGAUUUAAGUCCUCCAACUACAAACCGCUUAUCGGUUGGACUCAUGGAGCGCAAAUGAUUGCAUUCAACAUGCAGGGGUAUGGGAAAUCUCUGUGGUUGAUGCACGGCAUGUUUAGAGCCAAUGGAGGUUGUGGUUAUGUCAAGAAACCUAACUUCUUGAUGAAGAAAGGGUUUCACGACGAAGUCUUUGACCCUAGGAAGAAACUCCCUGUGAAAGAAACGUUAAAGGUGAAAGUGUAUAUGGGAGAUGGAUGGCGUAUGGACUUUAGUCACACUCACUUUGACGCAUAUUCUCCUCCUGAUUUCUACACUAAGAUGUUUAUAGUGGGUGUACCAGCGGAUAACGCGAAAAGGAAGACAAAAAUAAUCGAAGACAACUGGUACCCAAUUUGGGAUGAGGAAUUCAGUUUCCCAUUGACCGUUCCAGAGCUUGCAUUGCUUAGGAUCGAAGUAAGAGAGUAUGAUAUGUCGGAGAAGGAUGAUUUUGGGGGACAAACAUGCUUGCCUGUUUCAGAAUUAAGACCGGGGAUUCGAUCUGUGCCUUUGUAUGAUAAGAAGGGUGAGAAAAUGAAAUCAGUACGGCUUCUUAUGCGUUUCAUCUUCGAAUGAUUUGGCUUAAUAGAAAUGUGUGUCUCUGAGAAAGGAUCUGCACCAUUUCAAAAAGGAUUUGAGAUAUUGUAUAAUGUAGCUUGAAUGAUCGAAUUGAUCUUCGCUCUGAUAUCUCCAAAAGUGUAUUUACCUACCAUAUUGAAGAAAAUAUAAUUUAUAUAGAGGCUAUAUAUUUUUUUCAGUAUGUAAAAUCUAAUGUAAGAUGAUUAUCCAUAUAUACUUGCAAGUUUUUCAUAAUUGAGAUGUACAUAAAUUUUACU